AUGGAGACAGCAGCCACUAACAGAGUCACUGGGUUACAUGAGCUAGAGGAAUUCAGGUUCCAGGCAUUCGAGAGUGCUAGAUUAUACAAAGAACGGAUGAAGCUGAUGCAUGACAAGCACAUCGUGGACCGAAACUUCAAAUCCGGAGAGCUAAUGCUUGGAGCUGAUGAGAUUGAAUCAGAGGAUGGGACGAAUAAGUUUACAGUGAAUGGUCAGAGGUUGAAACACUACAUUGGAAUGGAAAAAGAGAAAGGGGACAGAGAGAUCAUAAUGUUGGAAGAGCCCCAGUACGUGAAUGAGGAGUGA